AUUUUAAUUUUACAUUAUUCCUUAAAAAAAAAAAAGAUAAAAAUCAUCUUCGUAAUUUUUUGAAGACUGAAAGGCUAAAUAUGUCAUAUGGUGGAUGAAUUAACCCAAUGUCAGCUUUUUAGGGCUUCAAGUUCGUUACAGCAGUGGCGGGAAGAUAUCAGGGAAAUUUCCCAUCGAAAUUCAACUGCGAAACUCUAAAACCCUAAAUUCCUAAAAUGUCCUUCAUCGAUGAAUUUCAAGCCGAUUUGGAAGCACUGCCCAAUAUUCUUCAGAAAAAAUAUGCAUUGAUGCGUGAUCUUGACAAAAGUUUCCAAGAAAUUGUGAGGCAAAAUGAACAACGUUGUGAACAAGAAAUAGAGGAUAUAAAACGAGGCGUGAGGGCCGGAAACAUUACACCAGAUACUUCACUUAUUAGAUUCUCCGAUGACGCACUUGACGAACAAAAGCAUAGCAUUAGGAUUGCGGAUGAAAAGGUUGCCUUGGCAAUUCAGGCAUAUGAUUUGGUUGAUUCACAUAUACAGCAACUUGAUCAAUAUUUGAAAAAGUCUGAUGAAGAGCUACGGCGUGAAAGAGAAAAUGCUGCUGCUACUGAAUCGCCCACUCCAAGUCCUGAUGGUACCUCUAAAUCUGGAAGGUCUAGUGAAAGUGGAAGAGGAGGGCGUAAAAAAACACGUCUGGCAACAGCAGCAGCAGCAGCCGCUGCGGCUACAGAAGUGGCAGCAGUGGCUGCAAAUCCAACUGGUAUGGAAUUAGACUUGCCAGUGGAUCCUAAUGAGCCCACUUACUGUUUGUGCAACCAAGUUAGCUAUGGAGAGAUGGUGGCAUGUGAUAACCCUGAUUGCAAGAUAGAAUGGUUCCACUUUGGGUGCGUUGGUUUGAAGGAACAGCCGAAAGGGAAAUGGUAUUGUUCAGAUUGUGCAGCACUGAAAAAUCGUCGCAAAGGCAGAUCAAUGUAAAUUUUUUUUCUGGGAAGCUGUGCUAAUGCAUUUGGAUAGCCUUAAUGCAAAAGCUAACGUUUUAUGACCACAUAAUCAUGCUGUUUUUGUUUGCAUCUCUUUCUUGUUGUUAGGAACUUGUGUUUAACUAUUUUAGUUUUGUUAUAUAGCUAUUUGGAUGCAUGUACCAUUUUGUUUAAAAUUUUUUUUCCCCCAGCCUGUAAAUAAAUUCCUCUAACUGUUUAGAGUGUUGAUUCACAUUGAAGCUUUGAAAGUGCAAAAUGCUUGUUAUUUUUGCCGUUGCCCAAUUAAAGUUGUUAACAAACAUUGUUGUGUUUAGAUAAGUUUUAAACACAAACCAUCUCUCUUUGGUUUCAUGCUUCAGAUAAACAACGUUGGGUGUUCAAGUAUUAAGUUACAAAUUAAGACUUAGGUUUAGAGCCCCCCAUUGAUAAGUAUAGACACUACCCUUCAAAAUGGAACCGGUAACUUAAUAUGAAUUACAAGAGUUCUGCUGAACCCAGCCUGUUAAUUCUCUCCUUUUAAGUUUAUGGCUUUCAGCUUUAACAGUGCUAUCAACUUGCGCUUCAUUAAGGUUAAGGUUCUAUUUGAACUGACAAUAAGAUUGAAAACAACGAUGAUAAUGAAAUUAAUUAUUGUAAUGAUGAGAUUAAAUGUUAUAAUA